AAUUAAAAUAAAAUGAGCCUUACUAGAUUGGACAAUAGAGAAAGUACUUUCUCAAUGACUGGGUCGAGCAUUACUCAUGGCACCUUCAGCCCUACUUCUAGAACAAGAAAUCCUUUAGUUCCGAAGAAAAUGAAAACAGAGAUUAGCAUUAAAGAAAUGACUGGGCAGAUAGAUGGAUCUGGAGCAAAUUUUGGAAUACAAGGGUAUAAUAUCCCAAAGCAUUUUCUAUCUUCAGAUGGCACGCCUAAAUUCUCCUUCCCGAAAGAAAAGGAUAGAAGAUAUCUUCAGCAACAUGUCAAGAGAAAGGAAUAUGUCCCUGAGCCAGGAAAAUAUAACAAGACAAUGGUAUGGAAGGGCCCUCUGGGAAUUCUCAAAGGAGGUACUAAAGGCAAUUUCUUGGAUAUCACAAUCAAGAAAUCAUCAAAAUUGCCAGGUCCUAAUCAUUACUCUCCGACAAAGAAAGAGCAUCUUAAGCAAGGAAAAAUAGGGAAGUCUUAUAGAUCUUCUUACUUUGAUCAGAUUGAGUUUGAUGCAGCCACUACUCCUGCUCCAACUUCACCUUCUAAAGUGUCUAUCCUAAAGAAAGUUCAGAGUGUAAAAAUCUUACCUCCUGGAAAGCAUGAUGGAAAAGAUGCUUGGAGAGUUAAGAAGGAUGGAUCUCCCGCUUGCAAUAACAGCACACUUGAAGAAUUAGAGAAGGCUACUAAAAUAGUAAAAAGAGACUCUCCAAAGAUAAAUUUCCCUAAAGGAAAGAGGAAGAUGUUCACAUAUGAUAUUGAAAGAACUCAGAAAAAUAAGCCCUCUCCUUGUCAGUACAAACCAAUGGAAACCAAAUUCCUCCACAAAGUGAUGGCUAAGCCAAGGAGAUAUUAA